GGUGAUGCUCACAGGGUGAUGCUCAGGGGAUGUCCUGCAGCUUUGGGUGGCCUUGGGCAGGGCAGGGGUUUUUGGAGUCCAUGCACAUCCACAUUGGGGUGCCCAGGCAUUGUCCUGCCCUGCUGAGCUCUGGCUCCCACAGUGAGCCAGGACUGUGUCCUGACUGUCAAUGGGCUCCAAGGACAGGAGCUGGGCACAGGGGACAGCCCUGGCAGCGCUCUGGGAAUGCUGCUGUGGGCUGCCAGCCCAGCUGGGCACAGGGCUCUGGGCUGCCCUGUAAAAGGCACUUCUGCAGGAUGGGAUGCAGUGCCACAGGGAACGUCCAUGGGAUGGGAUAUGGGGAUGGAGCAGGCAUUCAUGGGAUGGGAUGUGCAGAUGUGAGGAGCAUCCACGGGAAAGGACACGGGGACGCAGGAAGCAUCUGUGGGCUGGGAUCCGGGGCUGCACAGAGCAUCCAUGGGAUGGGACGCAGGGAGCAUCGUUCUCCCGUCGGGGGCCGCUCCGGGGCCGGGGGCUGUGCGGGGCCGGCGCGUCACGGGGCGGGGGUUUGUGGCCGGCUCGUUACCGGCCCCGGCACAUCACCCCACCGGCUGCCACAGCAACGGGGCCGGUCCCACCGGGAGGGGUGACCCCUUCCCCGCGGGCUGCCGGCUCGGGACGUGCCCCGGCUGCGGCAGCGGCAGCAGCACCACCCCGGCUCUGCGGGACCCUCCGCACGGUGCCGGGCCGUGCCAAGCCGUGCCGGGCCGCCCCGAGUGGGCGGGCUGCGCCCCUCUAUAAGGCGGCUCCACGGCGGCGAGCGGAGCGGUGCCAUGUGCGCCCCGGGGCUGCUCUGCCGCCUCCUCCUCCUCCUUCUCCUUUUGCUGCUGCUCCUGCUGCCACCUGCUCCCGGAGCGGCCCCGCCGGGACGGCCCCGCGCCCGCCGCGGGCUCACCUACCCCGGGACGCUGUGGUGUGGUGCGGGGAGCAACGCGGACAGCUACGAGCAGCUGGGGGAGCACCAGGACACGGACCGGUGCUGCCGGGACCACGACCACUGCCAGCACGUCAUCCACCCCUUCACCUCCCGCUACGGGUACCGCAACCUGCGCUGGCACACCAUCAGCCACUGCGACUGUGACCACAGGUUGAAGGAGUGCCUGCGGCGGGUGAACGACACAGCUUCACGGGUGGUGGGCCAGGCCUUCUUCAACGUCAUCCAGGUGCCGUGCUUCGAGUUCACCUACAGGGAGGAGUGUGUGGAGCCCUAUCUCUAUGUCUGGUGCAAGACGUACAACACGGUGGCCGUGGCGGUGCCCCGAGAGCCGGUGCUGUAUGAAUUUGGGGGGGAGCUCAUUGAUCGGGCAGCCAGGCCCAGGGGAGUCCCCCUGAGCCCCCCGUGGGGCAGCACAGGGGGAGGAGCCCUCCCAGUGGAUCAUCACACUGGGACAGCCCCCAAAGCAGUCAAGAAAGAGAGGAAGAGAAAGAAAGGUAAGGGGAAAGGUCUGAAAAAGAAAGGCUCUUCUGAAAAGGGGGCAUGGAGCCAUCCUGCAGCUGCUGCCCCCGCUGAUCCCUGGGCCCUGCUGCCGUCCUUGGGGGAAGCAUCCAACACCAUCCUGAGUGAUACCCCGGCACGGGAGAGAUUGGGCAGGGAGCCACUGCCAGCCACUCCCUCCCCAGUCCCCACCACCAGUGGGAAGAGGAGGAGGAAGGAGAGGAACAGAAAGAAGAGGCUGAAAAGUAGAACUGAGGCUGAGCCAGCAUGAGCUCUGAGUGCCCCCUGAGCCCUGCGUGGGUCCUGGCUGUGAAAUAAAUUUAUAUCUGCUCAAGCA